AGAUAAACAACCGACAACUACACUUCCACUUCCAGUUGUUACAUCUGUCGUUUACUGCAAACAUGACGGUGCCUUUUAUAGAUUUGGAAGAAUCUUUCACGCAGGAGAUGGCUGUAAUUUAUGUGGCUGUUCGCUUCUAGGAAAAGUAAUCUGUACCAAAAAAUCGUGCAACGAGAUGCAUAAACCAACACUCCCACCGUUUCCAUUAAAGACAGAAUUGUUUCUGAAUAUGUGCUUCUAUAAGGGCCGCCUGUAUAACCUUGGAUCUACGUACACUUCCGAAGAUGGCUGCGUUCGCUGUAUUUGCAGGUCUAAGAAGUCAAUGGAAUGUAAGAAAAACUCCUGCGAUGACUCAGUACAAUCGAAAGUAUCAGUAACAGUAAUGUGCAAGUCUGAAAAUGCAUGUUAUAGUGUUAAUUCCGUCUUCAUCACUAUUGAUGGAUGCAGUUCUUGUCGCUGUCAAAAGACUGGAAAAGUUCGUUGUACCAAAAUUUGUGGUUGGAAAAGCAAAAGAGGAGAGACAUUUAUUAAUUUCAAAGAAAUACAAAACUUCAAAAUUGGAUCCUCCGACUUCAAGGUCUGGGCUGAAGGGAAAGUGAGGGAUAGUUUUUGA